AAACAGCCCACAGCUCCUCAAUGUCUGAGUACUUGCCCUGGGAGCGUCUCAUGGGUACUUAACCUGUGUACUCAUGCUACAGAAUAACUUCUGCAGUUGUCAUUUUUACAUGUUUCUACAUCCAUAUUAUUGGGCUGUCCCGGAGUAGGAAACUAGCGCACCAUCCUGACGCAUGCGCAGUAGUGUUCACAAUGUGGUCCUGCCUUGGUAAAUGUUUCCAACGGUUAAAUCAGCGACACUACGCUUUGAUCUGCAAAGUGUCGUGUGUGCAGCAGCUGUGCAGUAGCAGCAGUGAGUUUACAGACAGCUGCUAUAAUGGGCUGUAUCCUGGACACAUUCCUACAACACCCAUCCAGAAAGCCCUGCUGGCUGUUGGGUCUGGUGUGGCUGCACUGCAGGACCCUUACAGACAUGACAUGGUUGCAGUGCUCGGAGAGACGACGGGACACCUAGCGCUGAUAAAUCUCAGGGACAGGAUGAGAAACGACCCUGAAGGCUACACCAUCCUAAUAGAGAGGCCCAGGAUCAGGCUUUCUACACUUGAUCUGAGCAAGAUGGCCUCACUGCCUGAUGGGUCUUUUGGGAGAGAAUACCUCCGUUUUCUGGAGGACAAUCAUGUGACCCCUGAUACAAGGGCAGAUGUGAAGUUUGUGGACGAUGAGGAAUUAGCUUACGUCAUGCAGAGAUACAGAGAGGUCCAUGAUUUGUUGCACACCUUACUGGGCAUGCCCACCAACAUGCUGGGUGAAGUGGCAGUAAAAUGGUUUGAAGCUGCUCAGACGGGGCUUCCCAUGUGCGCUCUUGGUGCUGUUCUGGGGCCACUUCGGCUAAACACAAGACGUUUACAGUCACUGUUCACGUCUCUGGGCCCCUGGGCUCUGCAGAAUGGGCGGCGGGCCCACUGCGUCCUCAGCGUCUUCUAUGAGAGACGAUGGGAGCAGAGCCUCGAAGACCUCCGACAAGAGCUCAACAUCGAGCCGCCUCCUGUCAUACUCGCUGCGUCCAACAAUAGGAGCACCUGAGAAAGAUUAAUGGCUCAGGAAUCAUGGGAGAAAAGACUUUUAAUAGCGGACAAACUAUAAAUAUUUCAAGUGUGAAACUGGAACUUUUUAUAUCAACUACUGAGGAAAUGGGGAAAUUUCACACUUGGCAAACUUUGGCUUGUUCCUUCUUACAUCUUAAAUUUAUCUGCCUUGCCAUUAAGUCAUCUGAAGUGAAUUAUUUUGAAUGAAGUUAGUUUGGCUAAUGAAAUUAGAGUUUUUGUCAUUCUCUGAUGCUGGUAAAUUACAGGUCUGGUUCAACAAGUCAUAUUCAGUCACCAUCUGUUACUGAAAAUGUGACAGACAAAGUGUUUUUUGUUUAUGUGUUGGUAAAAAUAAAGUUAAAAACUGUAAUAUCUGUAAUUAUCUAUCACCUGUAAUCAACAUUGGUAUUGGUCCAUUAACAUUUGUGCCAAUAUUUGGCCUGAUGUGAAACAGUGUAAUGUGCACCUGCAGUUGUACAAACACUAGCAGGUGGGAAAGGAGCAGAUGCAGCUGCUUCUGUUAUAUUUGACUCACUGUGUUAUCACAGAUUGUACUGGGAAUAAAUCCUGCCUCUCACUUUUACAGUAAUAAUGUGUACAAAUCAUGUACAUUAAUCUACAUGAGAUUAACUAAUUCAGCGUAAAAAAAAAAAAAACUAUGACAGUUUCAUGUGAAACUGACUCCAUCAUAUUUGUCAAAUUCCUGUCAUGACUCAGUAAACGAUAACAGAGCUAUCUUCUAUCAACCAAGACUAAUGUCUCUUUCAGUAAAAAGCAUGGCCAGGUUGUUACAGUGUUACAUCCUGAUUGCUACAACCCAGGAUGUCCGCCCUCUGUGUCUUUAUUAAACAUGUCCUUCCUGGAGCUACUUGUUUCACGUCACAACACUCAUUGUAGAGUGUUUACAGGAGUAACACGCUGUUCUCCCGCAGGGCUACACACAGUACAUCAUUUGGAUGUAAAAUAACACUGAUCACGAGUCAGUGAACUCACAACUUGUUAAUUUCCCUCAGUUUCACCUCACUGCCGUCCACCCUCUUGUCACACGUAUAGUCUGGUAUCAGAGGAACAAGUCACUAGUUGUGUUGCUUUCAUUGUUCAGUACUUAACCUGAACUUGUGCUUAAAAUGAAAUACAAACGUGUACAACAUCUGUCUCUUACUGAUAUUAAAGAUACAUUUCAAUUUGUUGUUUAAA